AUGGAAGAGGCGCAGAAUGAAUAUCAGCAGAUAUUACGACGCCACCAACGCGAAAAGAAGGAGCUGCAGGCCUGCAUCAUGGCCAUGAAGAGCGAGUUCCCUGAGGGCAACAGGAAGAAAAGAAAGCAGUUGCUUCUUGACAUGGCCCGCCUUGAGACCGAAUUGAAGCAGAAGCAGAAGCAGGAGCUGGACGAUUUGCGAAGUAUGUUGACUGAGAACAGCAACCUCGGUUCCGUCACUAAAGAUCUGGGAAACAUGGAUCUGGAGAACCAGCAUCCGCGCUUCCUGAGGGCCAAGAAAAGGCCGGAAAUGAGGGUGGUGCUCGAAAGAGCGCGCCUGGAUAAGCUUACUGAGGCCCAGGUCGAGAAACUGACCCAGUAUCAACGUGACGAGGAGAAGAGGCUGGCCGUCAUCCUGGAGUCCAGGAAUCUGGAGGUGAAGGAAAUCCCGGCCGAUGGCCACUGCAUGUAUUGCACCAUCCAAGACCAGCUGACAGUCGGCGACACCGUGGAGAGCCUGCAGGCCUGCGCUGCCAACUACAUGCGGAGUCACGUCGACGAGUUCUUGCCCUUCUUCACCGAAUCUGAAACCGGCGUUCCCUACACCUACGAUGAUUUCUUGCAGUACUGCGACAGUGUCGAGUACAGCACGUUGUGGGGAGGCCAGGUGGAGCUGAGGGCCCUGUCGCAUGUCCUGCAGACCCCCAUCGAGGCGAUCCAGGCCGAUGCGCCCAUCUUAAUCAUCGGGGAGGAGUACACCCAGAAGCCGAUCACCCUCGUCUACAUGCACUACGCCUGCGACCUCGGAGAGCACUACAACUCGGUGAAGCCGCAGGAGUUAGAGGCCGGGGCCGUCGGGGGCUCCCCCAUGAGCCUCAGCUAG